AUGUAUCCACCAUCGCGAGGCGCAACCAACGAUCCUCCCCAGGUCUCUCGAGGCACCCAGAUUGUCACGAUUUUCGUCGGGUCUGAGCAGGUUGAAUUCGCCGUCCACAAGAACAUGCUCUGUGCUGCAUCCAAAUUCUUCGAGCGAGCAGUGCAGGGGCCGUUCAUGGAAAGCAAAACCCAGCAGGUCAGAUUACCGGAAGAAAGACCAGAAGUGUUCGCCUUCCUCGUCGACUGGCUCUACAUUGGUGGACUUGAUCAGAUGUACCCUUCGAUCAUUCGCAGUCGCCAACAAUGGCACAAAGACGAGUACUACCUCAAAGUCUACAGAAUGGCCGACCGCUUGAUCAUCCCCGGCUUGCAGCUCCUCACCUACCACAGACUCAGAAACACCUUUGGGAAGAUUGCUGCCACUCUGCCGAGCCGUGACUUCCUAUAUUCCCUGUUCAGUGAAGAAGCACCGGUGGCAAUUCAAAUGCAUGUUGUCGAACACGCUGCAUACUGGCUUCUGAAAUCAACCAACAAGGAAGAAUGGGCAGGUCUAUUUACAAGUCAUGACCGAUUCGGGACAGAGAUGGCCCUUGCAAUGAUCCGAAGUCAAGCGAAGGGUCUGGCGUUUCGUCACCCGGAGGACGUGGCGAACUUCAGUGGACGGUAUGGAUUCAACUCGGAAGAAUUGCAGAGGGAGUCUCGGCUCGCUGACGAGGGGUUGCCAUCCGGGAAGUUGAAGGAGCUAGCCUGCGCCUCCACUGAGCUUCCGAUUUCAUUGGCAGCAAAACCAUCGCAAACUGCUGGCCCAAGGAUCCCCUACAACAUCGGCUCUACCACAUCUGCGACUGCGACGGCCACGUUACCGGCACCCUCACCUACGCCUGCACAGAUCUUCAGCUUUGGUACUCCAGUUCUUCCCAGGACUGGCUAUUUCGGAACACCAUCUCAAAUUUAA